CACCAGCAGCAGCUCUCACAUUCUCAGUCAUCGCCCAACAGCAAUCCGGCCGCAGCGACCAAUCCCUGCAAUCUUCGAAAAACGCAAACCGACACUUGCUGAUCCAAAUCGGCCAUGGCGGCGGCGGCUCUUCAGGCACAGCGCCUCUUCCUCACGCCCUCCACCACCUCCUCGUCACUCACGACGCGGCCGCCGCGCCGGACCCGGACCACGGCCGCCCCCUGCCGCGCCGGCCCGUCCGGCGUCCAGACAACGACCGCGUCGUCCAUCCCAGCGGACGGCGGCAUCAAGCUCGACUGGAUCGACGUCACCACCAGCACCACCACCAGCGCCGGCUCCCCCCGCGCCGCCGCCGACCGCAGCACCACGGCGGUGAUCGACAAGCUCCGCGCGGUGGCGGAGGCCGCGGCGGACCGGGCCGAGAUGCACGACAUCAUCGGGCGGCAGCGGGACAACUGGAACCACCUGCUGCUCCACUCCACCAACUCCCUCACGCUCGCCGCCUCCGUCAUGGCCGCGCUCGCGCCCGCCGCGCCGGGCACGGGGGCCGUGGCCGCCUCCGCGGGUGUCCUCCUCGCCACGGCCGCCGUCACCAUGGCCGCCGUCAACAGGAUCCAGCCGUCGCAGCUCGCCGAGGAGCAGCGCAACGCCACGCGCCUCUGGAGGCAGCUGGAGCGCGACGUCCGCGCCACGCUCGAGCUGCGGCGGGACGACGCCGCCGACGCGCAGGACGCCAUGGACAGGGUGCUGGCGCUGGACGCCGCGUACCCGCUGCCGCUGCUCCCGGGAAUGCUGGAGAAGUUCCCCAAGGCCGUCGAGCCCGCGCGGUGGUGGCCGCGCCGCCGCCCGCAGCAGCAGCAGCCGGCUAAGAGCACCACCCGGUCCAGGAGCUUCGGCAGCCGCCGCGGCGUCAGCACCAGCACCGGCAACGGCAACGGGUGGAGCCAGGAGCUGGAGGAGGAGCUGCGCGGCCUGCUGCGCGUGCUCCGGGCCAAGGACGAGCACCAGUACCUGAAAGUGGGGAAGCUGGUCCUGGCCGUCAACCGCGGGCUCGCCGUGGCGGGGCCGGCGCUGGCGGGCACGGCGGCGGUGGCGGCGGCCUUCAUCGGGACCGGUGGAGACGGAGCUGCUUCGACGUCUGCGUGGGCGUCCGGCGCCGCCGUGGCGUGCGGCGCGCUGGCGGCGUGCGUGAACACGGUGGAGCACGGGGGCCAGCUGGGGAUGCUGUUCGAGCUGCUCCGGAACUGCGCCGGGUUCUACCGGAAGGUGCAGGAGGACAUCGAGGCGGUGCUCGGGGAGGCCGACGUCGAGCGGAGGGAGAACGGGGAGGUGUUCCGGACCAAGGUGGCCCUGCUGCUCGGCCGCGACGCGGCGGAGCUCCGGCAGUUCAGGAGGAUGGCGUCCGCGUCGGUGAAGGACGAGGAUAUCAAGGACUACGCCGGGAAGCUCUUCUGAUGAUCGUCGGAAGAAUGUGCAUAUACACUAUCGGAAACUCGGGUUAUUCAUUAGUUCAUAACACAAAUUAGUGUUCGUACAUACUACUAGUACUCUACUAGAUAGGAAGAGGAAUUCCAUUGAUUCUUUUUGUAAGUAACAUGCAAAUCGCAUUCAUUCCAACUGUGAAAUGGCAAUUCUUUGAUUUGAGAUUAUAUA